AUAUAUAUAUAUAUAUAUUAACCAACUCUACAUCUCUUUUCCUUCAUUAUCAAUUUAGAAUUUAGAGAGAAACAUGGCUAUAUUCCAACAUAUUAUUUUGCUUCUCUGUCUCUCAUUGUUUUGCGCGACAAGCUUAGUUUCUUCACACAACAGGCAUUACACCUCUCCAAGCGUUCCACGUUUAACAGACUUGUUUAGCCAUGUCUCAGUAAAUAAAAGUUUUUCCAACGUUUUUGGUGGACCAAAUAUCAAGAUUCUCAACAAUGGGUCCACGGCCACUUUUGCUCUGGACAGAACCUCAGGGUCAGGAUUGGCAUCUUGGAACAAAUAUAACUACGGAUUCUUCAGUGCAGCAAUAAAGUUGCCUGCAGGUCUCACAUCUGGAGUGGUGGUAGCCUUCUAUUUGUCUAAUGCAGACAUGUAUCCACACAGUCAUGAUGAGAUUGAUAUUGAAUUGCUUGGAAAUGAUAAACGAAUUGAUUGGGUCCUCCAAACAAAUGUAUACGCAAAUGGUGUCAGUACUGGAAGAGAAGAGAAAUUUUAUUUCUGGUUUAAUCCAACACUGCAGCACCAUUACUACAGCAUUCUUUGGAACAGUCAUCAUAUAGUGUUCCUAGUUGAUAAUAUACCAGUGAGAGAGUUCCCAAACAAUGGAAAAUUCUCUGCCGCAUAUCCCUCGAAGCCAAUGUCGCUUUACGUCACCAUAUGGGAUGGGUCGCAAUGGGCAACUCAUGGAGGGAAAUACCCUGUGAAUUACAAGUAUGCUCCAUUUGUAACUUCGCUGACUGACUUGGAAAUGGUUGGGUGUAUGGUAAAUCCUAAGCAGCCUAAUUCAUCUUGUUCCAGUGCCAGCGUGUCAAGUAUCGACCCUGUCGAAGGACCUGACUUUUUUAAGCUAUCGAAUCAACAGAUGUCCGCCAUGGUUUGGGCUAGAAGGAAGCUCAUGUUUUACUCAUACUGCAAAGAUACAUCAAGGUUUAAAGUCUUACUUCCAGAAUGCAAGUAAAUUGUACUAUGAUUAUUAUAUAGUCACAUAUAUAUACAUUCUUUUUUUUCCUAUUCUAAAGAUUAUUUUCCCAUCAAGGAGCAAUAAUGAUAUGUUCCCAUUUGUUAUUAGAAAGAAAUCAUAAAGCAUUAUAGUUUAUA